AUGCCCCCCGCCGUAGGUAUCGUCAGCUGGAACUCGUGGAUUGCCAGCGAAGCCGACUGUGAUGCCGGCUCCUACGCCGGUCUCGGAGACGCCGAAGAGCACUCCGUCUGCACCAAAACAUCGGAUGGUCCAGGUCUAAUCACUCCCCCUGGCCCGCAGCAGCCGGAAAUCAUCACGGGCUGUCGUUUGUUUUACAUCGCCUUCAGUGGAGACGGCUGCCGAGCCAUCAUCAACGAAUACGGCAUCUCAUUCGAUGACCUGUACGCCUGGAAUCUGCUCUGA